UGGAUUGUCGGGGUUUGGAGGGGGGUGGUGGGGGGGGAGUUGAAGCUCGUCUCCUUCACUAGUUGCUAUGGAUUUUACCAGCAGCUCAUGUGGGGGCAGCGAUCACAGACAGAUAGAGGAGAACAAACCACUGCUGGGGGAGAUGUCUGCUCCGGAGGGGGGCAAGAUGGGUGCUGUGCCCUGCAGGAGGACCCUGGUGCACUUCAAUGGCAUGAGGUAUAAACUGCUGCAAGAGGGGGACAUCCAGGUCUGUGUCAUCAGACACCCCAGGACCUUCCUGAGCAAGAUCCUCACCUCCAAAUUCCUAAGGAGAUGGGAGCCCCACCACCUGAGCCUGGCAGAUAACAGCCUCACCUCUGCUACACCUACUGGGUACAUGGAGAAUAGCAUGCCAUACAGCUCUAUUGAGGAUGUCCAGCUUCUGUCCUGGGAGAAUGCUCCAAAAUACUGUUUACAGCUAACUUUUCCCGGAGGAACAGUCCUACUCCAGGCUGCAAACAGCUAUCUGAGAGAUCAGUGGUUUCACUCCUUGCAGUGGAAGAAAAAGAUCUAUAAGUACAAAAAAGUUCUGAGUAAUCCAAAUCGCUGGGAAGUGGUACUGAAGGAGAUCAGGACCUUGGUGGACAUGGCGUUGACUUCCCCUCUGCAAGAUGAUUCUAUCUACCAGGCACCACUAGAAAUUGUCUCCAAGUUACUCUCGGAGAAUAGUAAUCUAACCACUCAGGAGCAUGAAAGUAUCAUUGUGGCUAUUGCUCCUCUUUUGGAAAACAACCACCCUCCUCCUGAUCUCUGUGAAUUCUUUUGCAAGCACUGUAGAGAGCGUCCUCGUUCCAUGGUGGUCAUUGAGGUCUUUACCCCAGUCGUACAGAGAAUCCUCAAGCACAACAUGAUGUACUGGAUCUCUUUUACCGGCUUGGAUACCUCUCUCUAUCUGCUGGUGGAGGUUGGAAAACACCUGCAUAUGCAGGAUUUUGGGAAGUGUCCUCGUUUAAGGCUGUUUACUCAGGAGUACAUACUGGCUUUGAAUGAAUUGAACGCAGGAAUGGAAGUGGUGAAGAAAUUCAUACACAGCAUGCAUGGGCCCACUGCAAACUGUCCUCACCCCAGGGUCUUACCAAACCUUGUGGCCGUGUGUCUAGCUGCCAUUUAUUCCUGCUAUGAAGAAUUCAUCAACAGCCGAGACAAUUCACCAAGCUUAAAAGAAAUCCGUAAUGGCUGCCAGCAGCAGUGUGACCGCAAACCCAACAUACCCUUACGGCUUCUUCACACCAAUCCUGACCUGGUCUCCCAAGAGGUCACAUCGGCGGAGUCCCGACACAAGUCAGUCAUCGUCACAUCAAAUGAGAUACACGUGGAGGUGGAGCGCAAUAAUACAGUGAAUCAGAAGCUGAAGGCAAACACUGGCAAUGAUAGUGAACCCAACCUGAUUGACUGUCUUCUCAUCAGCCCAGCCUGCAGCACCAUGAGCAUUGAGCUAAGCCCACAGGCCGAGCGAGUGUUGGGCUGCUACGUGGAAAUCCUAAAGAUGCUGUCUGAUUAUGAUGACUGGAGGCCAGCUCUGGCAAGUCUGCUGCAACCCAUCCCAUUUCCCAAAGAAGCUCUUGCCCAUGAAACAUUCACAAAGGAGCUGAAAUACGUCAUUCAGAGAUUUGCAGAGGACCCCAGGCAAGAGGUUCACUCAUGUCUCUUGAGCGUCAGAGCUGGGAAGGAUGGCUGGUUCCAGCUUUAUAGCCCAGGGGGUGUCGCCUGCGAUGACGAUGGAGAACUGUUUGCCAGUAUGGUACGUGUCUGCAAUAAUGUUCACAUUUUGAUGGGCUCCUGUUAUAAAACCAAGAAAUUUCUCCUGUCGCUGGCAGAGAAUAAGUUGGGGCCAUGCAUGUUGCUUGCCUUGCGAGGAAACCAGACCAUGGUGGAGAUCCUUUGUCUGAUGCUGGAAUACAACAUCAUAGAAAACAAUGACACACAGCUGCAGAUCAUAUCUACCCUGGAGAGUACAGAUGUAGGAAAGAAAAUGUACGAGCAGCUUUGCGACAGACAGCGGGAACUGAAGGAGCUGCAAAGAAAAGGAGGUCCCACUCGCCUAACACUGCCAUCCAAGUCCACAGAUGCUGAUUUAGCCAGGUUACUGAGCUCCGGCUCAUUCGGAAACCUAGAAAACCUUAGUCUGGCCUUCACCAAUGUAACGAGUGCCUGUGCUGAGCAACUCAUCAAGCUGCCUUCACUCAAACAGCUCAACCUGUGGUCAACUCAGUUUGGAGAUGCUGGGUUGCGGGUUUUAUCUGAACACCUCACUGCGCUGCAAGUUCUCAACCUGUGUGAAACCCCCGUCACAGAUGCUGGGCUGCUGGCACUGAGCUCUAUGAAGAGCCUCUGCAGCCUAAACAUGAACAGCACCAAACUGUCAGCGGACACUUAUGAGGAUCUUAAGGCAAAGCUGCCGAACCUUAAAGAGGUGGACGUCCGUUACACAGAAGCCUGGUGACUUCCCACCGAUCACCGAAGGAGGACACGUCGCCGAGUCUUUACGGCUAAAUGAGAAA